AUGUCUUUUUGCUCUAUUGUUUCUGGUCAGUAUGAUUGUGCUGUGUGCUCUGCUAAUCGCUAUUUAGACUGUUUAGUAUGCAGUACACUGAUUAGCAUUAAGUUUGCAUAUAUAUGUCACGCCACUUGUCAGCGCUUUAAUCGAUAAAAAUCACCAUAAGGCUAUCAGUCUUGGACAGAUCCAGUCCUAGGCAGCUGCCCUUCCAGCUCUAGGCAAACUCCAGACAGAUAAAAGAUAUAGCCCCUACACCCCCUUAGCAGCACUUCUAAAGCUACACUCGCUGCAUCUUCAUAAAAGUAUUCCUUGCUGCAAGUAAUCACCAUAUUUUGACUAUGCAGUGAUUUUAUGGAAGGUUGCAAGGAUUGCUACAAUAUUGGCGCAUGCUCUAAAUGUGCAGAAGGGUAUUAUACAGACGGCGAUAAAUGCUUUCUCUGCCAUUCUAAAUACGAAAACUGUGAAGUUUGUAACAGAAAUGAAUGUCAGAAAUGCAAGAGCGACUUUGCUUUUGAUGCAAAUUUAAAUUGUGUCUCAUCUCCAAAACCAAACUGUAAAACUCUUUAUAAUGGGAACUGCAUUCAGUGUGUUGAUGGAUAUUACUGGAAAUCCUAUUCUUGUCUCUCAUGCAGUGAUAUUACAAAUUGUGAACUUUGCGAUAAUGGAUCGACCUGCACUCAAUGUUUGGCUGGCUUCUUUCUGCAAAGCACUACAUCCUGUGUUUCAUGUCGCAGCCUAAAUCCGUUUUGCUUAGUUUGUGACUCAGCUUCAGAAUGCACGCAAUGUGACUCAACGCAUUAUCUUACAGAUCUAGGCACUUGUGCUAGUUCAGGGCCUGCCUAUUGUAAGAAUACUAAGAGUAAUAACUUGUCUAACUGCAUUGAAUGCUUAGAAGGCUACAAUUGGGAUCAGAAUAACAAAAUUUGUAAAGCCUGCAGUGAUAUAAUGCAGCAUUGUGCUGAGUGUGAAGAAGGAAAUAUAGAGGAUUUCGAAUGUUUAAAAUGCGAUGUAGGGUACGCUUUAGAUCCUAAUGGGGUUUGCAUUAAAUCUCCUUUAAAAAACUGCGAGAUAGGCUUAGAUGCUUUCCAUUGUGAGGAAUGCUUAGAUGGUAGCGUUGGGACGUGCCUUUCUGCUGGGGCUCCAAUUGCUAACUGCAAAAUUGCAAAUACUGAGAGCUCUUAUUGUGUAGACUGCAUUUUGGGUUAUUCUCAUACAAAAGAAGGGCUCUGCGAAUGCAGCGCAGAAUAUUGUACUACAUGUAAUACCGACGACGGAAGCAUUUGUGAUAUGUGCAUUGAUAACUACUAUGGAGACUGCGUAGCAUGCAGCACAAAAAUAUCUAAUUGUGACACUUGUGAAGGUGGGGUUUGCACAAAAUGCAGUGAAGGAUAUUAUUUGUUUGAGUCUCAGUGCAAUUUAUGCACUGAGGUUGACGCAAACUGCAUUACUUAUUUUAUAAAUAUAAUAUGGUGACCUUUACCUCUCUUCCUUCUAAGUAUCCGCUUUUUUUAUCUCCAUAUGGAGUUCUACGAUUACGCAAGCUGCUCUGACUCUUGCGGAGAAUAUGAUUCUUAUAGUGACAAUUGAAGAGGAUUUGGAGGAUGCCAUUGCUGAGAAGAAGAUGUAGGUAGAAAAUCCUCAUGAUGGAGCUGGAGGAAAAAGAUGAGAUCAAUUCAUCGAGAAAUUCGAGAAGAGGAAACAGGUGACAAAUUGGAAAGUGACGAACUUGAUGAACUUCUAUUGUGGACGGCUAAGCAGGAAGGAUUUGAGCUAGAUGGGGAAUUGAUGCUCGCUGUGGAAUUAAGUCAAUACCAAUUUACUUAA